ACAAAAGAGACAGACUUGUUUGAAGCAGCCACUUCUGCUUUCUCCCCGAUCCUAGAGAGAGAAACAGAAAACUAGAGAGAGAGAGAGAGAGAGAGAGAGAGAGAGAGAGAGAGAGAGAAAAUGGGUUGUGGGAACUCGUUCUUCACCCUUAUCAUAACCUUCUCAGUAGCUCUAAUCACCUACAACGCAAUCAUCUCAGCCAAUGCUCCUCUCAAACAGGACUUCCCAUCAUCAUCCUCAUCAAGUGGGUUCAAACCCAUCAUCAAGAUGCCAAUUGACAGAUCCAAAACAACAGCACCCAAGAAGAGGCUGUUCCACACGGCGGUUACAGCCUCUGAUUCAGUGUACAAUACAUGGCAGGCUAGGAUUAUGUACUACUGGUUCAAGCAAUUCAAGGAUGGUCCCAAUUCUGAGAUGGGUGGCUUCACCAGGAUCUUGCAUUCUGGGAAACCUGACAGCUUCAUGGAUGAGAUCCCAACAUUUGUUGCUCAACCUCUCCCUGCUGGAAUCGAUCAGGGUUAUAUAGUUCUCAACAGACCUUGGGCAUUUGUACAAUGGCUUCAGCAAGCGAACAUCAAAGAAGACUACAUAUUGAUGGCAGAGCCAGAUCAUAUUAUUGUUAAGCCCAUACCAAACUUAUCAAGGGAUGGCCGUGGAGCUGCAUUCCCUUUCUUUUACAUUGAACCUCAAAAGUAUGAAUCUGUUCUCCGAAAGUUCUUUCCAAAGGAAAAGGGACCAAUAACUAACAUUGAUCCAAUAGGAAAUUCUCCUGUCAUUGUUGGAAAGGAAUCUCUUAAAAAGAUAGCUCCAACUUGGAUGAAUGUUUCGUUGGCAAUGAAAAGGGACCCUGUAGCAGAUAAAGAGUUUGGUUGGGUCCUCGAGAUGUAUGCUUAUGCAGUUGCAUCUGCUCUGCAUAAUGUGGGUAACAUCUUGUACAAGGACUUCAUGAUUCAGCCUCCCUGGGAUACAGAGAUUGGCAACAAGUUCAUCAUUCAUUUUACUUAUGGAUGCGAUUAUGAUAUGAAGGGUAAGUUAACCUAUGGAAAGAUUGGAGAAUGGAGAUUUGACAAAAGAUCCUAUACUAAUGCCUGGCCUCCAAAAAACCUUCCACUGCCCCCACCUGGUGUCCCUGAAAGUGUGGUUACUUUGGUGAAAAUGGUGAAUGAAGCCACAGCAAACAUUCCUAACUGGGGAUCUUAAAGGAUAGACAUCAAGUAGAAGCUGUCUAUAGACAGAGUCUUGUGUUCAGAGGAUGGUGAAUUUAUACUUCUCUGGACGCACUGUGCUUGAAAGUAUUUACUGUGAAAUUUUGUUUAAUAUGUGCUUUGGAUUUGCAUAGGAAGCAUGAAACUUGGUUGAUGAGCUUUUUUUAUUUUAUUUUACCUACACACAAUUGUAGUAUAUAAUGUUCUGUAAAAUAACUGACUGUUGAUUUCCUUAUAUCAUAAAAAUCUCCCUUUGUUUUCAUCAAAAGCAUA